AAGGGAAAAAUUCAAAAAAUGAGUACAAAAAUACCCAUUAAAUAUACAUGUGUUCGAUCAGAUUCAAUCCGGCUUCUGAAUACGGUGAUUUAAGUGUGUAAAGUCUCAAAAUAAACAAAAAGUGAUUCGCAAUCCGGAUCAUCCGGAUACGGCUACUGAAUUUAAGGAACUAUUCUACGAACACAGAACUACCGAGAGGGUCGAGUGUCCUCUUAAGAUCCAUAUAAAUCAUCGGGCAAGCGAAAAUCGGAACUCCAACAACAUCAUCGACAACAAUAGACAUAGGUAUAUCAUGAGUGCCACCGCGGAUUGUUUCAUGUGUGGUGGAAAAACGGAGAAAUUCCGCCUUAUGUCGCAACCUUGGCCGCAACAGAGUAACAGAGAGUCCGAACUCGGCAUUGGCUACAUCGUAUGCCAGCAUUUCUGGUUUGAGGAAGAUGUCCUGCGAACUGGCGCCAUAUGUGAGCCCUGCUGGCACAAAGUGGACCAGUUCCAUCGCUACUACCAGAGGGUGAAGAACCACCACAACAAUGUGCUGGAUCCGAUGCCGAUUUUUAUCAAACAGGAGGAGAUUGAAAUCGAAACUCCGGAAGCAUUCGUCCACCAGGAAUCAGCGGAUGGACAGGUGAAACAAGAACCUUCACUAGGUGGAAAGGGUGAAGUUGACAUUGUGGAGGAACCUGAUGGUGAGACUUCAUCCAAACCCAAGCUGAGAAGGUUUAGAAUAACUGCGAAGCAGAAGGAGAGGGACGAUUUUAUCCAACAGCAUAAGCCGUACCAUUGCGACGAUUGUCCUGAAUUGAAGUUUGAUAGUUUCUCUGCGAGUCUUCGUCAUGCUUUCGUAGCUCAUGACAGGUCGUACGUGACGUGCUGUAAUAUGCAGUUCAACCGUCGGAACAUCCUGUUUCAACACGUCCAGUCGGCGAUCAAUCCCGAGGCAUUCAAAUGCGAAAUUUGCGGGAAAGCCUACCGAUUGCACUACAUCUACGUUCGGCAUAAGCUGGAAGUCCACCCGACCGAGGAUCAGCUAAAAUUCAAAUGUGACCGAUGCCCGAAGCGUUUCUCCUACGAAGUCUAUCUGAAACGGCACAUGUCGCGACAUGUAGCAUUGGAGAGCGAGUCGGCCAAAUGCGAAAUCUGCGCCAGAUGCUUCGGGUCGAAAUUGACCUUGCAGGAUCACAUCGAAGCGGUCCACAAGAAGACUCACAACUACAUCUGCGAGAUAUGCUCGAAAAGUUUCUUCCGGCUACAAGCCCUCCAGCAUCAUCGGAUGACCCACGACUUCCGGGGAGAAGAGCUGAAGCGACAGUGUCCCAUCUGCAAGCGAUGGCAGAAGAAUCCCCGUAGCUGGAAGAAGCAUAUGGGUCGACACGGGGCCGGAUCGCGCAAGUGUGACCAAUGCGGACACGUUGCGGUCAAUGUGGCUUCGCUCAAGGAGCACAUCGAGCGACGGCACGUACGGAACCAGAAGUAUGUGUGCGAUCUGUGUGGGAAGGAGUAUUCGCGGCCGGUCACACUGAAGGAACACAUUGCCAAUGCCCACGGAGGAGAACCGUUGUACCAGUGCCGGUUCUGCGACAAAAAGUUCUUCUCCAAUGCCACCAUGUACGGGCACCGGAAGAAGGCCCACCCGAAGGAGCUGGAGGAGUACUUCCGGACCAAGUACGACGAAAAGGACGAGACGGAAGGGGACGACGAGGGUAAGGUUUAGUAUUAUUACAACCAUGGUUUUGAAUUUUAAUCAAGUAUUUGACAUACAGUUAAGAUAUAUUACCCAGAUGAGCAUUUAUACAAGCA